UUAAUUUAAAUUACUAAAACAUACCUUACUUUACCAUUUUGCAAAUCAUCUGAAGUGUAUUGCACUGUGUUUUAAAACCAUAAACAUAACUUGUUAAAAAUUUCUAGCUUAAAAAUAAUAAAAUACAAAUUGCUCCCAAGUUGUAUUGAACCUAAUUGAAGGAAAAAUGUUGCUAUUUCGUGUGUUUUUUUAAUUUUUGUUUUGUUUAUGUAUGGUUGGAUAGACCUUCAAAUUUCAAUUCUUGCAGCUGCCCAAUGACAGGUUUGGUUAUAAAAUCGUAGCGUAGAAGGAAAGAACACUGUACCAUGUGAUGUCAGGAUUAGCUAUGACCAUGUCAACAGCUACUACUUCCAGUGAACCAUGUUUAGGAGAAUCCAGUCAUGUAGAUAUUGAUGAGGGGUCUUUUGUUAAUGUUGAUAUCAGUCACAUCAUUGAUUUUCAGCCGGUUGAAAUUUCAACAUCAGCUAUUCUUCAUUAUUGUAAGAGGAAAAUCUUAAUUCCAUACUUCAAACUUUUGGCCCUGCUCGGAUGGCGACCACUUUAUUAUCCAGCAACUCCACAAGAUGUAGGCAUGUGUGUAAAAGUCUUCAACACUGGAUAUACAAUCACAGUGGUUUUACUGAUAUUAGUUGGUUAUGUCCUACAGUAUGCUGCAUGUUUUAGAAGAGAUGGUUUUGGUUCUUAUUCAAAGGUGGAAGCAGAGUUCAAAUUGACAUCUGUAUCACCAUCAUCAUUGUUUUAUGAUCAAUAUAGUUUGGAGGCUAACAUGAGCUUCUACAAUCAUUUGUCUUUUCCAGGAGAAUCGGAGAUACAAGAGUAUUGUAAUGAUAAUGUGGUCAGUGUUUACCUUUUACCAGCCUUUUUACAUUUCGUCUCAUACAUGUAUGUCCUUUAUCAGAUGAGAGUGCCAGAAAGAGAACAGCUGGAACACCUUUUGGAAAGAGUAUUCUUACAAGCCACAGUUACCCAUGCUUGGCAUGUGGCACAGAGAAAACUUAUUCGAACGCUGAGAACUUUUCUAGGAAUGGGUGUCUUUUGGGCUUUAGUGUCGGUUUCUCCACAGAUUCUUCAUCUGAUAGCUGGUGUAAAGAUUAGUUUCACAUGGAUGGAUCCUCACUCUUACACUCUGCGUAUUGUAUUAAUUACCCUGCUGAUGGUCACCUUGAUGUGGAAUGAUAUUAUUUGUGUUGCUAUAGCAACAAGCUAUUCAAUCCAUUGUCAGUUGAUAAUUUCUUACUUAGAAAAUAUUGACCAUGCUGUUCGAGAAAAGAGAGUCAGCUUUCUGGAAUUUUACAAGGAAAUAAUGGAAGCAAGAAAAUUCAUCAGUUACUUGAAUGAAGAUCAAGCUGUUGGAGUGUCCCUUGUAAUACUAAAUUAUGGUUGUAAAACCACUACAGCAGUUUAUGGGUUUCUAAGUGGUACCAGCAGUUACACCAGUGAUGUCUUCAUUCUUUUAUCAGUUUCUGUUUCUGUGUUUUUGUGGAUCAUUCUAGUGGCCUUUCCAGUUGUACAGGCGGCCCGUUUAACGAGUUCUUGUUGGGCACUUAAAAAACUUGGACAUGAGAUAUGGAUUCGUCCAUUUGGAUACCAAGACACAAUUCAGGAAGAUUUAGAUUCAGUACUUCUCUUCACUACUUCAUUACAAAUGCGGGUCUGUCAAUUUUGUUUUUUGGAUUUUUACUGUUAGCCCAGCUAAAUAUAAUUCACUUCAGGAACAUUUUUGAAAUCUGAAUUUGUUACAGUAUCACUCACAAAAUCUUAAACUCUGUGACACAAAGAACUUAAAAACAAAUUACUGUGUGUGUGUAUUUCAAAAAGUUUGUAUUAAUGUUCAUGGAAGUAAAGUAUAAAUAUCUAACUUCAGAAUAGUUUUAUAUAACUCUGCUACUUCAGUAAGAUAAAAAAAAAUGCAUCAAUAAUUUCAAAGAUAUUAGAAGAGUUCAAAUUACACAGAAGGACACAUAAAAUAGUUUAUAUUUAUCAUUAUUCAUAAAUUUCACUUUAGAAGUAAAAAGCAUAUAAUUACAGUUGACUUUGGCAUGUUGACAUUUAAAAUGAAAUAAUCCUGUGGUUAAACAUAAUCUUUUUUUAGAUACAGAUAUACAAUUAAACUUUAAUAAUAAGGUUGUUUAGAGAACUAAGACUUUAAAAAUUAUUACUGAUAUUACUUAAAAAUGGUUGAAUAUCUGUGGUAUAAAAAGAAAUUUUGAUUUGCAUCUUCUUAUAACUUUUUCUUGUGAUGUCUGACCAAGUUCUCAGUAGUUAUGUAUACUUGAUAUAUUAUUUCUUAAGAUGUAUUUCUUACAUAGGUGAGUCUUAAGUAUUGUUCUUAGAUCAAAAAGUCUGAAGAGACAUAGGUUUUUGAUUGUUUAUGUUUGUUUUUAAUCAUUUACUGUUAUAAUUAUUGGCACAAAUGACUUAAAUACAACAGAACAUUUCAAUGCCAAAUUCCUGAAGGCAGUACCUUUCCAAUAAUCAAAGUUUUUCAUUAAACACAUGAAAAUUAUAUAAUUUAUAAGUUGGAGAUUGCCAUGCCAAGAAUGAAUAGAAAUAGUUAUUUGCUUACAAGCAUGUAGUAUGUUUCAGAAUAAUUAGUGUCAUCAAUUCAUUAAUAAUUCUUAAGCAUAUGUUUCAAAGACCUUAUUCUGUUUGGAGUGAUGGAGUCAUCAAUCUACCAAUACCAAAAGAACACAGAUUGAAUAUGAGAAAAAAAUUUUUUUAUUUAGAUAAUUAUGAAUGAGACAUACAUUUCUUUCCCAAACAGUAUAUACAAGUAUUUGAAAAUAAUAUCUUUAGACCAAACAGCAAGCAGUUACGUUUAGUUUAUUAUACAUUUACAGACUUUAUUCUACUAAAAUAUUGCAAAAUACAAAGGUCUAGCAUAAUUUUAUUUCAUGACUUGUGUGGAGAUACAGGCAGAGAUUAAAAGUGAUUCUAUUGAAAAUUUAUAUAUUUAUUGUUGAUAGUUUUUGAAUAAAUGUAGUGAUAUAUUGUUAUUUGAAUAAUUUUUUAACAUAAUUUUCUAUUUGUCAGAAGUGUAUGUAUAACAUAUGUUUUUGUAAGUGUGCUGAGAAAAAAAUUCAAAUUAUUAUAUGCAAAAUGGUAUCAGAAUGACUUACUAUGAGGUUUUCUUUUUAUUCUUCACUAAAGUAUCUCUACUUAAUAUUUAACAAUGUAAAAACUUAUUAUUGAUUUAUUUUGUGCCUUUGAUACAUAUAGAGUUUGCAUAUAUUUAACGUUUUUAGCGUUCCAAAGUUUUUGUACAACUAACUAUAUUGUUUGCCAUUACUGAGGCCAAUGGAAAAACAUAUUUAUAUAUUUAUAUAUAUUUACUUAUUUUUGUGAACUCUUUGUUUAUAACAUUGUUUUUUGUGUUCACUAGUCUUAUUACUAAGAAAAAGUUAUAAAUUUUACUGAAGUAGAAAAUAAAAGGUUUUGGUUUUUAUAACCAUAUAGUAAUUGUUAUUUUUAACUUUUCACUGAAUUUGCUAUUUAUUUAUGUAGUCUGUCUUGAUCUUUUUUCCACUAUUUCAUAGUUUCCAUUAAAGUUUCAACAAUGCUUCAAACAUGUGUCAUCUUGAAAUUCAGUAUGGAUUUUAUUUUAAGUUUUCUCAAAAUAAUCCCAAUUCAGACACCUUUUAAACGCACAAAAAUUAUAUAAUUUUUAAGAUGGGGCUUGCCAUACCAAGAAUGAAUAUAAAGAGUUAUUUGCUCACAAGCAUGUAGUAUGUUUUACACUAAUUAUUGUUACCACUUCAUAAAUUUUUGAAUGUUGCCUAAUUCACUUUUUAUAUAUGGUUUAAAUUGUUUUCUAACCUGUGGAGAAAGUUCUACACAUUACACAGGAGACAAGUUUUUUUAUUGCAAUAAGAAUUGCAGAAAAUUUUGUUAAAUACAACAGUCUAAUAUAAGUAAAACCAUACAUGUUAUUGGCUAUUAAUUCAUGUAUGUUUUUAUAGAAUGUAAUGGAGACUAGAGAAUAAAAGGUAUUUAGUUUUUUGACAGUUAAUCAUCACUGUAGCUAUGUUGUUGGUGAGAUGAUGUCAUUGUUUCAUAAUUUUUUGUUGGACUGUUGUUACUAACUGAAAGGAUUAGUGCAAGGCUAAGGAAAAUACUCUUUAUUUGAGUACUUUAGAAAAUGUCCAGAGAUGCUUCUCUGCAAGUUCUUCUGUCUUUUUUGAGGGUUACUGAUUAUUUUCUAAAUAUCAGGUAGCGAAGAAUUGAGAGGAGGGCAUUCAGAAUGUGCUUAAAUCGUUGAAACACUUCAUCAGCUUUUAUUAUCAAGUGAGAUACAUAGUUUCUCAUCUUAUGCACAGUGGUGUGGGGGGAUGGAAAAACAAGUUUAACACACAAAAUACUCCAAGUUGAAGACCAAGGGGAAAAUAAUUAAGCAUACAAACAUAAUAUAGUAUUACCUAGUGAAAAAUCAAAAUAAGUAAAGAUUUAUUAUUGUCAGUUUUUUUAAACUAUUAAAUUGAUAUUAUACAACCAAAAUAAUAAUGGUGGUUAAUAUGUAUUCAGAGCUACAGUAUUGAUUGUUUAUGAAUUAUAAAGGGAGACUGUUCCAAAGGAUCAUACUGUUACAGCUUAUAUUUUUUAAUCUAGACCUUUCUAUAAAUUUGUAUUAUUGCUUAACCAGAAGGAAGAUUGAUGUAAUGUCAUAAUUGUGGCCUUAAUGACCUGGAACUUUAUCUAAACUUAAGGAAACAAUUUCAACUAUAUUCAAUGGAAACUAUGAAAUAGUGGAAAGAAGAUAAAGAAAGACUUAAAUGAGUUGCAGUAACAGACAAAAUGACUAUAUCUUGCACUAAUUAAGCAUUCACUAACUCAAUAAUUUAUUCUAGCUUAAUUCACUUUUUGUAUAUGGUUUAAAUUGUUUUUUUAAGUGUGGAGAAAGUUCUACAUAUUAAAGCCACACCCAUUACAUCAAACUUCCUUUCAGUCAAACAACAAUACAACUUUCUAUAAACUUUUAAAUUAGAAAUAGAAGAUAUAAUGCUACCCCCUCCCUGGAUUUUGAAUUUUUUGAACAGUCCUGUUUCACCAAAAAAAACAAAACAGUAGUACAUUAAACUUAAACUUCCACAGUUAGCAGGAAUGAAACUCGUGGCAAAUAACAUUAAUGCUCAUAAAUCUAAAUAUUACACUAAUGAAAUCAAUACUGAACAUAUGAAACUUAAAAUACAGUCACUAUAUUAGUUAACAAAGGAAAAUCUUAUUUCUUUUGCUUAUUUAUUGUUCCUAAACUGUUCAGGCUCUAAAUCUUUUUGGCAAUUUUCUUUUCCAUGGCUUUUGAUACAAAAUGAAAUGACCUCUUGUUAUUUAUGAUCAUUUAUCACUGAAAGGAUUUUUUUUUAGGUAGAUGGUCUUGGGAAUCCACUAGUGAUAUAUUGGAAGUAAUCUUGACAGGAACUUGGAGCUCUUCAGCAGGUUGAUCUACCUCUGGCAAAGUUUUAAUGGAAGAUAACCAUUUGAUCAAUUUCUUCUCUUAUCAACACGCUUCCAAAGAUUAUCACAGUGUAUGACCUUUGGCUUAGUCUGUCUGUCUGUCCUUCUGUAUUCUAUAAACUGCAUCAUUGAUUGUUUGGACUGCAGCAUAGUGCCCUUUCCAUAAUUUACUUAAACCUGGAGAUAGUCCUCUCUUUUAGCAUGGAUUAUACAGCAAUGUCGUGCCACCAUGAUGAAAUCCAGUCUUUUGAACAUUUCCACAAAUCACUUAUGAUAGUGUGUUGCCUCUAGCCUCAUGUAUCACCAUUUGUUAACUCGUGAGUAGAAGUUGAAGAUAUUGAUCCCAUAUUCUCUUAUGACUGGUUGAUUUUCAAAUGUUGGUUGUAUCUCUCCACCAUUCCAUCAUAAGAGGGAACAAGAACUGUUGUUCUGGUCUUUUUGAUUUCUAAGAUUGAACACACCUCUGUAAAUGAGACUGGUUCAAAGUUUUAUCCCUGAUCUGAAUAAAGUUCCAUUGGCACCCUAAAUCUUGAAACAGGUUUAUUCACAAGCUUCCUUGCUAGAGUUUUUGCAUCCAGGUUAGUAACAGCGUAUGGUUUUGGCCAUUUUGUGAAGUGGUCCAUCACCACUAAGAUAUAUUUAUUCCCACUAAUGCUCUAUGGUAGAUGAUUAAGCACAUGCACAGCAACUCUCAGUUGGUGCCCCAUUACAGUACUGCUGUAGUUGCCCAUAUUGUUUCCUUUGUGGACCUUUUCACUCACAGCAAGUAUAGUGUUCCAUGGGGUUUGGUAUUUGGACUCAGUUUUAUACAUAUAUAUAUAUAUAUAUAAUUUACUUAUGUGAU